GCUCCAGCAACGCAAGAUCAGCCAGCAGCCGCGCAGCACUCCGUCUUCAUCAAAUUAAAAAGAGCACCGGUUCAUCUCCAUCAACAAGAAGCUUCACCUUUAUUUCAGCUGCGGCAUCUUUACACAACCAUUGCCGAAUUGAGGACCUCGCCUCCCGUGGCCUAAGAUGGUGCAUGUCUCUUACUACCGGAACUAUGGAAAGACAUUCAAAAAGCCACGUCGCCCAUAUGAGAAGGAGCGUUUGGAUUCUGAGUUGAAGCUUGUGGGUGAGUAUGGUCUCAGGUGCAAGCGGGAGCUGUGGAGAGUCCAGUAUGCUUUGAGUCGUAUCAGGAAUAAUGCACGAAAGCUUCUUACCCUCGAUGAAAAGGAUCCAAAGCGUAUUUUUCAGGGUGAUGCACUUCUGAAGAGGAUGAAUCAAUAUGGGUUGCUGGAUGAGAGCCAAAACAAGCUUGAUUAUGUGCUUGCCCUCACUGUUGAGAAUUUCCUUGAGCGCCGUCUACAGACUUUGGUCUUCAAGGCUGGCAUGGCCAAGUCAAUCCAUCAUGCUAGAGUUCUCAUUAGGCAGAAGCACAUCCGAGUUGGAAGGCAGGUGGUCAAUGUUCCAUCCUUUAUGGUCAGGGUGGACUCGCAGAAACACAUUGAUUUCUCACUGUCUAGCCCCUUCGGUGGUGGUCGUCCAGGAAGAGUGAAGAGAAAGAACCAGAAGGCAGCUGCGAAGAAGGCUGGUGGUGGUGAUGGAGACGAAGAAGAUGAGGAAUGAGCAUAUCUUAAAUGAAUCUAGAACCAUGGAGCGUGUGGGCUUGGUUUUUCUUUUCUGUUUUAUUUACUUCAGUUCGGAUGUUAUCUGCCACCUUUGAUGCCAUUUUCGGAUACUGUGUUUUGUUUUGCAGUAUUUAUAUUUAAUUUUCCUAUUGAAUACUGAUGCAUUUUUGAGAAAAAAAAUCAAUUGGAUUUUUGACCAUGCAAGGCUAAUUUAUUCAACUAUAUAUGCCCUAAAGUGACUAAUAAA